AUGGCUCAAGUAUUAUCUGGUGAAAAAACCUUAAGAUUACAUUAUGUUCGAUGUAAAUCAUAUAAUGCUGAUUUUGAUGGUGAUGAAAUGAAUAUUCAUUUACCACAAAAUGAAUGCUGUCCAAAUUCUGAUGGAAAAUGGACAAGAAAAUUCCAGCAAAAAAAAGGUUGUCGUAAUUCCACAAGAAUAUCAACAAAUGUAGAAAUUCGACAACGUUGUCGAAAUUCUACUACAAUUUGGACAUUGGCGAAAUUCCGUUGGCGAAAUUCUUUUUGUCGAAAUUCCAUAGAACCAAAUGAAUUAACACGAGCUGAAGCUGCUGAAUUAAUGAUAACUUAUCAACAUUUUCUUGUAAGUAAAGAUGGAACACCAUUAACUGGUCUUAUUCAAGAUCAUGUUGUUGCUGAUUAUUUUUCAACAAUACUUCUUUAUAUUCAACUAGUUAAUGAAGCUUCACUUACUCUCGAUAGGAAAUCAAAACUUUCAAUGAAAUCAUGGUCAACGAAAUCAAAUGCAACAAAUAUUGAUUUAAUGGCUGAUACAGAUGUUAUUAUUCGUCAUGGACAUCUUCUAUCUGGUUUAAUUGAUUUACGCACAUUGUGGUUCAACACUUGCAUCUGUUGUUCAUUGUUAUUAUGA